AUGAGCGGGUCUACUGUCGAUGCAGAUGGUGACUUUUUAAAAGGAUUAGAGGUGUGGAGUAAAAAUCCCGUACAUGUAAGACCGUCAGCUUCAUCAGCUUCACACGACCACACGAGGGACCAUGUGCGAGAGUCAAGAUGCGAAAUAUCUGAACGGAAUGAGGUUGAUUCUCGCUCGAUAUUUCUGCGAAAUAUUUCGAAUGAAGUCACAGCACAUGUUUUGGAGCGCAAGUUCAGAUGCUUUGGCAUAAUAAAUCGUAUCACCAUAUUUAGCAGGAAAUCAGAAGGAAAACUCAAAACUUAUGCUUACAUUGAAUUCGACAAUACCCAGUCCGCUGAGCAAUCUCUUUCAUUCAACAAAACUAAGAUGGAUGAACACGUAAUAGGUGUUGUCAAGAAGAGGACAAAUAUUCGCGGGUGGCGAACGAAAAAGGGUUAA